CACCAUGGACGUAGCUAGCACAUUAUCAAAUUUUGUAAAUUUGCAAAAUGCUUUUAGUGUGAUAUCACUGCUUAAUUUAACGGCUUUCCGAUACCCUGAACAAGCACAAGUUAAAGAUGGGGCUGUGUUCGACUUCAUCGUGGUGGGCGCGGGCUCGGCGGGCUGCGUGCUGGCCAACAGGCUCAGCGAGGACCCGAGGGUGACGGUGCUGCUGGUGGAAGCUGGCGGGGACCCGCCUGUAGAGUCCAAUCUCCCGGCUUUAUACACCUAUGGAUUUAGAUCUCAAAAUGAUUGGAACUACACUUCUACUAACAAACCAUGCUCUGAAUAUAGUUAAAUGUCACAUCAAUAACGUG